AACUAUACAAAAAAAAAUUUCAACCGUCAUGGUUGAUUGUUCGACUAUUAAAUCUAAUAAAUUAAGAUGUGGAAAUAUAAAAGCUUAGAUAUUUUAUUUAGUUAUAACAAACUUGAAGAAUAUCAUGGCCACCAAAACACUAAGGAUUGCUAAGUUAGACGAGUAUCGUCGAGAUGCAGAAAGUACUCGAGAAGCUCUUGACGAAGCAGAAGAACUUAUCGCAAAACAAAAAAAAGAACUAAACGAUCUACGUAACAGUGAAAGCUCUCUUCAAGCAGAAGUUGACCGUUUGCAGAAACAAAAACGCAGGCUACAAGGAGACGUGGAUCAACUUAAUGCAAUAUUUGAUCAAGAGAAAAAUGAAAUCACAGAUUUGGAAAAUAAAGUGAAAAAGCAAACAAAGGCACUAGCAGAAGAAAGAAAAUAUUCUACACAAUUAGAAGAAGAGAAGCAGGAUUUUCAAAAAAAAAUCGAUGCAGUGGAGUUAAAGUUAGAAGCUGCAUUAGCUGAUAAAAGAACAUACGAGAAGCAAGUUGCUGAUUUAGAAUUAUCAAAAAAGGUUUUGCAAUCAAGUAUUGAAAACUUGACAAGUAGUAGAGAUAAUGCUCGUAACUUACAUGCUGCAUCUGAAAAAGAAAAGAAUUCUUUGCAGGUCCAACUUAACGAUUCUAGACGUCUUGUUUCUGAGUUGGAGGAUGAAAUACAUCAAUUAGAGGCAAGCGUUGCAGCUGCUAAUGAGGCACUGAGGUCAAGUAAAGAACAGUAUUCUCGUGAUGUUGCUGCUAGAGAUGAAAAGUUGGAUGCAGCUAAAUCUGCUUUUUCUAAAUUAGAAAGAGAUUCAAAGUUAUCAUUAGAUGAAGAAAAGAAACGAUCUCAGCAACUGACAACUGCUAACAAAAAUCUGGAAAGCAGAAUUGCAGCUCUUUUAGCUGAAUCAGAUGAGGCUAAUUAUAGAGCAGAAGAACAGCAAAAAGUAAUUCGAAAGUAUCAAAGUCAGUUAAGUCAGUUGAAAGAAGUGCAAGCUGAGCUUGCUGAAAUGAAUGAUGUGAAAAAUAGCUUACUUAAAAAAUCAUUAGAAAAUGAUAAGAAAAUAAAAAGCGUUGAAGCAGAAAAUUCGACGUUGGUAGAGCAAGUACAGAAUCUAGAACGACAAAAAAGAACUGUUGAAGAAGAAUUAAAAGAAGUUAGAAGUGAAAUGAAUACAUUGAAAAAUCAGUAUCAGUCAGCAAUUACUGCAGAGAAAAAGAAUUUUGAGGCUCGUUUAUCAGAAUUGCAGGAUGAGCUGUCAGAAGAAAAAUCUCUCAAUAAUGAUAACGAGCAAUAUAUUAGAAAAUUAACUAAAGAUCUAGAAACAGCCACCAGCAAGCUUGCAGAACAAAAAGCCCUUGUUAAAGAAACUGAAGCAGCUAAAAGUCGAUUAGAGCAAGUUAAUAAAGAAUUAGAAACAAGCAAAGCACUUCUUGAUUCAACUUAUCGUGAAAAGCUACGAGAAAACGCAGUUACUUUAGAGCAAAGAAUGGCUAAAUUAGAAUUGGCUUUAGAGAGUGAAGUCAAGGAAAGAGAGAGUUUAGUCAAGCAGCUUAAAAAGACAGAGAAAGAUCUCGGAGAUGUUGAAGCAGACUUGUUGGAAGCAAAGGAUGGCGAGGAUGCUGCUAAAAACCAGUUAGAAAAGGUUCUAAAAAAGUUUGAGAACUUGAGACGAGAAAAUGCAGAACAAACUGAUACUAUUACCCGUCUUACUCAGGUCAAGCUUGCUUUACAGAGUGAUGUUGAAGAAAAGGAAGAGCUAUUGGACCAAUUUAAAAAGGAAUUAGUUAGAAAAGAUGCUUAUGGAUCAAAGGCUUCAUCCCGUUCUCGAAGUCGAAUGGAGCGCGUUGACGAUGAUUAUGACCUUGAUGAGUAAAGACUUCUACUUAGUUAAGACAAUUGCUUGAAGAACCAGUUUGUAGAUAAAAUAAUGAACCAGAAGAAUGUCACUUUGAUGAUAGUUUAGAUGUUUGUAUUUUAGGUUUUAUAUUGUUUUAGUAGAAAAUUGUAAAAUAAAAAUAACCGCAUUUUUAACGAUCAAAUUUGUGACGAUUUUUUUUUUUUAAUGUUUGUAAUUAUAGAGAAAAUUCUUUGAUAAGAAAAAUUCUAAAAUGAA